AGAACCAAAAACGAUCCAUAUAUAAAAGAACAAAACUAACCUAAACAAAAAUCAUACGAGAUCGAAAUGGCAAUAAUGAGAGCAAUUUUAGUCCUUUUAACUUUGGCAGAGAUCAGCCUAGCCUUACGCCCUGUCCCAACCCAAAAUAUUUCUUCUCCAUUAACCCGCAAAAGCUUUCCUCCUGGUUUCCUAUUUGGAGCUAGUGGAUCUGCUUAUCAGUUCGAAGGGGCAGCAAGCGAAGAUGGCAGGCGACCGAGUAUGUGGGACACAUACUCUAAAGACCAUCCUGAGAGAAUUCUGGAUCAUACAACUGGUGACAUUGCAAUAGACUUUUAUCAUCGAUACAAGGAAGAUAUUGAAUUGAUGAAAUAUGAAGGAAUGGAUGCUUUCAGAUUUUCAAUCUCUUGGUCUCGAAUUUUGCCAUAUGGAAAAUUGAGCAAGGGAAUCAAUCAGCAUGGUAUUACCUUCUACAAGAAUCUCAUUGAUGAAAUCAUUGCAAAAGGCAUGGUUCCUAUGGUCACUAUUUUUCAUUGGGACGUUCCUCAAGCAUUGGAAGAUGAAUAUCAAGGAUUUCUCAGCCCUCACAUUGUGGAUGACUUUAGGGAUUUCGCAGAUCUUUGCUUUAGAGAAUUCGGUGAAAAGGUAAAGCUAUUUGCGACCAUUAACGAGCCAUGGACUUUCUCAUCCAAGGGCUACGAUUCCGGCGAUUUCGCCCCCGGUCGUUGUUCGCCGUUCAUGAACCCUACUGCGGGCUGCCUUGGCGGCGACUCCGCGACUGAACCCUACAUUGUUGGCCAUCACAUAAUUCUUGCUCAUGCGGCUGCAGCUAAGGUUUACAGGGAGAAAUACCAAGCAACACAAAAAGGGAAAGUAGGAAUUGUACUGGUGUCUCACUGGUUUGAACCCUACUCCUCCACGCCAGAAGACAAAAAAGCAGCCCAACAAGCUAUUGAUUUCAUGUUUGGAUGGGCAUUACAUCCAUUAACUUACGGUGAUUAUCCAAAGAGCAUGAGGACACUGGUUGGAGACCGGUUACCGAAGUUCACAUCCGACCAAUCAGAGAUGGUCAAAGGAUCAUUGGACUUUCUCGGACUGAAUUACUACACUGCAAGAUAUGCUAAAUAUAUUUCGUCUCCUAACAAAGUUAAUAUCAGCUACACCUUCGAUUCUCAAGCCAACCUCACAUCGGAGAAGAACGGAAAACUCAUUGGUGCAGCGACGGGAUCAACAGAAUUUUUCGUCGUCCCAAGCGGACUUCAAAAGUUGCUUCUGUACACAAAGAACAAUUAUAAAAACCCUAUCAUAUAUAUUACUGAGUGUGGAAUGUCAAGCUUGGGUGUCACUUCAAUCGUCAAGGAAGGAGUAAAUGAUACUGAACGGGUUGAUUUUUACAAGAGUCACAUUUUAGCCGUCAAGCAUGCCAUUGGAUUGGGGGCGAAGGUGGAAGGCUUCUUUGCAUGGUCAUUCUUUGAUAAUUAUGAAUGGAGUUCAGGGUUCACCAGUAGAUUUGGUCUCAACUUCAUAGACUAUGAAAAUGGCUUAAAAAGAUUCCCCAAAAAGUCAGCCCUAUGGAUGAAGAAGUUCCUUCAGCAAGAUAUUUAACUCGUAUACUCCGUAUAUGUGUGCAUAAUACGGAGUAUACAUAGUUAAUUUACGAGUAACAUUAUAUUAUUGGUUUUCUGAAAAUUCUCGAAAAAUAAAGCUGGGAUUGCACUCCGAAUGAAGUCAUGAUGUUGUUCCCUUGUAUCAAUUAAAUAUUGUGUUUCCAAUUACCCCACAAAAUUGUACUAAAAUUCAUUCAAUUAGUGCAAGUGUUUUACAUGCUUUUAUAAAUAAAAAUAAUAGUGAUGUCACUAA